UCUACUUUUUCUGUGCCUUUAUUUCAUCAUCUGACAACUGCGAAACGCGUCCUAGGUAUCAACAACCAUUGCUCGAAGUAGAGGUAAACAGCAAGCAAAAGGGAUUUACAAAAGCUCGACGCCAGGAAGCAUUCAGACAGGCCAUGCUGGAGGCGUCCUCGAUUCGAUCACGAAAGCACUCUUCCUCGUCUAUGGAUCUCAAGAGCAGCAACACCGGCACUUUCGCCAAAGAGAAGACUGGAUCCUCGAUGGCGAAUGAUUCAGGGACGUCCUUGUCGGGCCCAUUCGAAAAAAUGAGCGAGUCAUUCCUACAGGCAGCUGGAUCUGGAAAACGCCAGGAACAUGACGGUCAAGAUGAUGUGGAGAUAAAAGGGGCCUCGCCACCUAGGACACAAAGAGUUCGGCCACCAAUUUCAGAAAAGCAGCCUGGGUCCAAGACCUAUCGAGGGACAUUGAGCGCGGAGGACUUGGGCGGCGGUCUCUUGGAUGACGUUACGGAGGAUACGGAUGUGAUCCGUGAACCUGAAGGAAUAUUUGAAGGACAAGGUGGCGCUGAAGGUAAUGAAGAGGAUGGUGGAUAUGAGAAACAUAAAAAGCAGCGCAACUUGAUGGAGGCGCCGGAUAGUGAAAACAAUGGCCACGGGGACUCGUCUUGCACUCAUGUGGAUGAAGCGGAAGCCCAGCACCCAAGAGAUCACGAUGGCGACGAUGGCGAUGUUGCGAUGGUCGACCAGGAAGACGAUGACGAUGAGAAGAGAGAAGAAGAGGCUACGCCAGUAGCGCACACGGACGACGAGAGUGAACUACCAGAGGACGAAGGGUCGCAUGUAGAGGAUGAAGAUGCGGACGCGGAGGAGGAUGAAGAGGAUGAAGUGGACGAAGAAGAUGAAGAGGACGAGGGGGUGCAGCCGUCAAAGCUGGAGGCCAAGAAGGCCACCUCGUUGUAUUCACAGAAACCAACAUUGAACCGGCCGGCACAAGUAAUCGAAGAGGACGUGAAGGAUAGCGGUGACGAGAAGGACAGUGACGAUGAACUUUCGGAUCCGGUAGAUACAGAUGAUUCAGACUCGGAUGAAGAAAUGGCGGAUCGGUCAAGCAAGGCUCAGAUCAGCGCAGCCGCGUUUUCUGGAAUGGCCGCGGUCUCAUCCUCUCGACCGGCUCUAGGAGGGCGCAAGAGAUCGUUGCGGGGGGCGAGCCGUAAUACGACCCAGCAUGAGGACAGUGCAGGAUUAGAAGCAGACAACCAUAAGGACACUAAGGACCAGCGGUGGGACAAAGGGUCUGAAUCAGAGACCUUGGAAGAAAAUGGAGUGGAGGAAGAAAAUGCGGUGGAGGAAGAAACAGUUGAGGGUGGAGACGAUGUUGAGGAUGAAGGUAAGAACGAAUGCCUUCGUUGGCUCUUGUUGUUAUCGCUUUUGAAUCUGAGGAGUUAGACUGAGAUGGUCUCUUGAUUUUUUGAUAGACCAUGAAAAUGGGCAGCUGCACAGCGAUGCGCUGAUGGCUCUGACAGCAAUCGAAGAAGAAUUCGCCACCCUUCGCGACAAGUAAGGGCAAACAUGCUCAAUGGAAAUGCCGUUGAAGGUGCUUGGCAUCCAUGAAGAGCAGUAACUAACGAAUCACUCUUGCUUACUUCUGUUCCUAGAAUGUACAACGAGAGAAUGUUGGAGCUGGAUAGGGAAGUGGAGAUGAUCAAUGAUGGUAAGAGAGUUGAGUUAAC